UUGCUCAUUCCACAUCUGAUUCACUAUUGAUUUUCACAAUAACAAAAGUGGCAAAUAAAGCAAAUUGGGAGUGUAGAAAUUGUGAGACCCGGAAUGACGAGAUGCACCCUGGUACUCCUGGGGCUCCUCCUGGCCCUGGGCAAUCCAAUCCUGGCCAGCGAUAUCACGGAUAAGGUGUUUGGCGACAUCAAAGAGGGCAUUGUGGCUGCCUUUGGCGACUUUAAUUCCGACGAACUGACGGAUGUCUUUGUUAUUCGCGAUGAAAUGAAGACGUUGCAGAUUCUCUAUGGACACUACACGGAACCACUGCUCAUCGUGGGACCCUACUGCCAGUACGGGGAUAAGACCAUUGUGAGUGUCAUUCCCGGAGAUUUCGAUGGCGACGCUCUAAUGGACGUGCUGGUCAACCUGAAGGCCGGGAGUGAGGACACCUACGAAGUGCACAUCAAUUGGGGCAACACCACCGAACUGAAGUGCUCCACAAAGUCGCUCUUCACCAGCAAAGGGGAAGUGAUGGCCCUGGAUUUCAAUCGUGACAUGAUCAUCGAUUUGUACGGCCUGGACAGCAAUGAUCUGCGCACCUUCUGGAUAUUCAACAGCAACAGGCUGCCGCCGGAGGCCAAGCACCAGGCCGAGCCCACAGGGACCAAUGGCAACUCGUUGAGCAUACCCAAUGCAAAUGCCUAUCUGGAUCUGAACGGUGACUUCCUCGCCGAUCUGUUCCUGCAGACGCACAACUCCUACGAAGUGUGGCACGGCAUUAGCGAGAGUGACAGGCAGGAGAACUUCAGCUACCAGUACCAGAUCAAGUUCCAGCCGAUCGGAGGCAACGACUAUCACAUCGGACAGGCGGUCUUUAUGGACUUCGAGUUGAAGGGCGUGCAGAAUAUUGUGGUGCCCUUCUGCAUCCAUGCGAACUGCAGGAACUCGUCGAUCCUGGUGCACGACGGCGAGGAUUUUCGCAAUCUGCAUGUCAACUUUCGUGAUCCGCAGGGCAUCUCGUGGGCCUUUGUGCCGCCCGUGUCCGAUGACGUUUACUUGAGGACCAUAGCGGCGCGAAGCGGUGACUUCAAUCUGGACGGCUAUCCGGAUCUGCUGGUCACGCUGCAGCCACUGAACGUGGGCAAGCCGGUGAUGCAGACGUUCCUGCUGGAGAACGUGCCCUGCACGACGUGUCACAAGCAACCGAAGCGCACAUUCGAGGUGCGCUGGGGUGCCCUCUCGCCGAUGGGCAACAAUACGGUGGCCGGUGCCUUCUAUGACUUUUACCAGGACGGUGUGCUCGACGUGAUCCUCAUCCGGAAGGAUGCGAAGGGCAAAUAUCAGCCAUUAGCCUUCCGCAACACCCUCGACUAUGAUGCGAACUUUGUGAAAGUGAUUGUGCUAACCGGUUUGGACAACAAGCAGAAUCCCGAGCGACGCACUCCGUUGGGCCGGAAGAAACGCACAUAUGGCACCAAUUUGCCUGGACCCCGGAUCACGUACAGCACCACCACCCAGGAUGGGGAUCAGCAGUGCGGCAGCAGUGUGCAACUGCCGCAAGCCUCCUACUUUGCACUGCAGCUGCCGUACACUUGCUUCGGGUUGGGCCGUACGCCGAAUUUUGUGGAUCAAUUGACCGUGGGACUGGGCGGCAAGUUGCACAACUGGACGCAGCUCAUACCCAACUCACAGAUCAUUGUGGUGCCAAAGCCCCUGGACGAACCGUCGCGCUGGAAGGCGCAGCUUUUCGUAACGCCCAGCAAACUGAUCCUGAUGAGCGUCGUGGCGCUGGGCGGCACCUGUUUGGUCAUCGUCUUCAUUAUCCUGGUGCUGUACAUCAAGGAGAAGCGCGAGGACAAGCAGGAGCGCCUCCAGGAGUCACACAGAUUCCAUUUCGAUGCGAUGUAAGGUCGCCAAUUAAAUGUACACUAAGUAUUCUUUUCUGUUUCAACCCAAGUCAAGUUGAGUUUAAUGUUUUAUGAUUAUUUAACGUUGAUUAAUACGCCCAAACUAUAGGGACUGCAACCUGUCGAUUCCAUUGGGAGUUCUUGCAUCUCAUUGACGCCAUCAAAUGCCCCAAAAAGAUUUGCAAAAUAAAUUCAAGUAGAACAAUAAUUGAGGGGGAAAUCAAGGUGACGCUUCAAAAUCGAACUCUUAGUGCAAUCAACAUGGAGCGUCCUUAAUAUCUGAUAUAUAUAUAUAUAUGUAUAUGGUUUAAGAAAUGUGAUAAAAAUAAAAUCGAUGAAAUUAA